UCCAUUUUCAUUUCACAAAUUCCAAAGUUUCUUCUUCACUCGUUCACCGCCAUUCUUAUUCUCUUCCUCUUUCUUUCAGUCAUUUCCAUAAUCUUGAGAUUCAAAUGGCACAAUUCGAUAGAGUUAGAAAUGGUUUAAUCGUGGUUUUCUUGCUUAUCAUUACCAUGACGAAUACUUCCUACGCCAGGGUCUUGGGUGGUUCUUUCUCAAGUGAGAUUCGGUCAGGAGGAGACCUUGCUCUCCCUGCACACAAAGUAGCUGACGAGUACCGGCCAUUGCUGCUUAAUCUCCUUCCAAAGGGUCCUUUGCCCCCUUCUGGCCCCAGCAAACGAAGCAACAAUUUUGUUAACUGAUUCAUUGAAUUCUGAUUAUUUAUUUCUUCUUCUCUCUUUAAUCUAUUCUUUAGUGAUUGUUUUGUACAUCUUUAAGUUAACACGCCUUGUAGCUUAUUCUUAGAACUCUAAUCCAACAAAUGUUAUGUAAGCUAUUGACAAACACAUUAUCAGUCAGAUCCCUCCAUGUUUUAAGUGAAAGACAUGCUUGUAUCAAUAAUAUAGUAUAUAAAUGUAUUGAAUUAUUUGUUUUAGACAA